UUAUUGUUUCGGGUUACUGGAGAAGCUGAGUGGGAAGAGGAAAGCACUGCUGUCCUGGUUGCUUUUUUCCUCGUUUUUUUUUUUUUUUUAAGGGACUGUAGAUUCCCUAACUCUGCUAGAGAGACCUCUGUUAUAACGCGUACAGAGAGGGAGGGCUGUUAAGGAGCAAAAUAGCCCGCCUCUUCUUCGUGUUGCCAUGGACAAGGCUUGGCAGGUGGAGUUUAGAAAUGUGGGCAGCAGUUAUUUCCCUCAGAGCAGAGUCGAUUGUCACUACACAUUAAGCUCACAGCACAGCUGGGCCAGCAAUGAUUGGAUCGGGCUCUUCAAGGUGGGAUGGUCAACAGUGAAGGACUAUGAAACCUUUGUUUGGGCCCUGGCACCAGCCGACUAUCAAGAGGGCACAGAUGUCAACUGCUGUGUGCAUUUCCAGGCAUCAUACCUGCCCAAGCCCAGUUCCCAAGAGUAUGAAUUUGUAUAUAUCGAUGCUCAAGGGGACGUGUGCUCCCGCAGCGCCAAAUUCGCUUUUUGUGCGCCAAAGCCACUUGAGGAUCUGGUGACUCUUGAGGAAGAAUCUCAUGGAGGGGAAGAAGGCACAGAUAUGCUGCUAGUAGUUCCCAGGGCUGAACUGCUGCAGAGUCGACUGCAGGAAUGUUUGCAAGAGCAUGCUGAGCUGUUGCAGGAGCUGGAGCGCAUGAGCAAGGAACGAGAGGAGGAGAAGGAGGAGUACAAGAGGGCGAGGCAGGCCUGGGACAGGCAACGGAAAGGACUGGAACGCAAUAUCACCAGGCUGCAGGAAGAUCUGAAGCACAGUCUUGACAAAAUCGAGGAGAUGGAGAAAAAGCAGGAGGAGGAGCUGGCUUUAGGAGAGUCACUUGCCCAGGAGAAAACUGCUUUAAUGGAUGCCAGGGAGGCAAGUGAAGUACGAAUCCGAGAGCUAGAGGAGAACAUCAAAACCUUGACACUGAGAGCUGUGGAAAGGGAGACGGACACAGAGAGGAUGAAGGAAAGAGCCAAAAGGGCAGGUGCUCUGAGAAAAGAGGAGGAGAGUGAGAGAAAGAGUCUGCAGAUCAAGCUGGAACAGACAGAAGCGGAGCUCAGAAGUCUGUCUAAGGAGUUCCAGGGCCUGAGGAACUCCCUCGCACAGAGAGACACCAGCGUCCUGCAGCUACAGAACACCAUCAGCACCCUCACACAGAAACUCACCACUGCUCACAGGAAGGAGACGGAGAGUGAGGCAUCCCUGAAAGAGAUGCGGAGCCUGCGGGACCGUCUUCACACGGGCGAGCGGACCAUCGAGGGCUUGAAGACUGACCUAAGUGCCAUGAUCGCCCAGAGGGAUCACGGGCAGGCCGAGCUGCACCAGGCUCGUCUGCAGGCAGCCCAGCUCACCCUUCAGCUUGCAGAUGCCAGCCUGGCCCUCAGAGAGGGAAGGGCCCAGUGGGCCCAGGAGAGGCAGAAUUUCCAGCGCACUGCAGAGGUUAACCAUGAGCGUUUGGAGAAACUCAACACAGAGAUGCAGAAAAUGGAGGAGAGGCUGCAGGAAGAAAGGAUGGAGAAAGUGAAGCUUGAGGUUGAGCUUGGAAGAGAAAAAGAUUGCAACAGGGUCCAGCUGAGUGAAACCCGCAGGGAACUGCAGGAGCUGAAAGCCAGCCUGAGGGUCGCCCAAAAAGAGAAGGAGCAGCUGCUUUCAGAGAAAAAGGAACUGAUGGAUUACAUCUGUCAGCUGGAGCAGAAGAUGGGAACCGUGGCUGGUGCCAGGUGGGACCCUGUCCCGAUAGCCCCUUCAGCAGGGUUCUCUGGCAGCGUGUUAUCUGACUCUGAGGAUGAGAGUCCAGAAGCUUUGCAGAUCCUCCGUCAACCAAGACCCGUCGGGCACUACAGCUUGUGUGAGCAUAGCCAGCCUGACUCCUUGCUCCUCUCGACCCCCCCUGCCUCCCCGAAAGAGGUGGGCAGGAGAGCCGUGGUCAUCAACCAGCCUGCGUCGCUCUCCCUGCCACACCAGACCAACACUGACACCCUGGAGCACAGUUCUGAUUCGGAGGAAGACUCAGAUCCCCUUCAGUGUGGAAAGAACAGCUCUGGAGAAGAAGCAGCACUAUUGUUGCCGGAGCACUUGGAUACUGUUCUCAGCGAUCUGACCGACACCUCGCUAUGGUAACCAGUCUAGCCACGACCACAGCGAGCGAUCGAAACCGGGAUUGGAGGACUGUGUUCAGCUUUGUAUCCACCGGCGUCCAAUAACAAGCACAUUAACAGUUCACUGAAAACACAGACAAAAUGUUAUCACCAUAUUUGCCAUCAACCUUCUCUUCUCUAAACAGUUUUGACAGUUUUGCCAGGUCAACACCAAGUUUAUGACCGAAAUAAGACUCACGAACAAUCUGAAGCAGCAGGCUUUUAGGCAUGGAUGCUGGCAUUUGAGGGUGUGCGUGCCGUAGCAGAAUGAUUUCUGUUGAAUCAUUGCUAUGUCGAGAGCUUUACGAUGGAUGUUAUGUCGUUUUUACGGCAAUUGGGAUUAGGAGUCAUGACAGGCACUGUAAUUAUGAUGUUUUGUGCAGGCCUGGCUUUACUGGAAAUCAUGGCAAAACUCGAUUUCAGCUUUAAAUUCUCCACUGCUGCUUUGGACACUUUUCAUGGCGGCAUAAAGCAACGAUACAGCCACAAAUGCUAAAAUAUAUUGCAAUAAUGUAGGUAUAGGACGUCGUAUUUCUCCACCAUUUACUCAGAACUAAGAUUUGAUAUGCACUUUCUCGUACGCAUUAGCAGUUGAUCGUUGUCACGCAGAUGCCGUUCGGGUGAUUUAGCGAAGCUUUUUAAGAUGGACAAGAUUUUUAGUGAGACAGCUCAUUGAGCUGAUUGUCUAUUAAGACAGAGGUAACAUUCAACCUUUUUAUAUCAAUAACUACAUAUCAACAUUUCAAAACUAAUGCUCACAAAGUUCUCUCUGUCAGUCCGCUUUUAUUUGUUAAUAAACCAGGCUUUUCUUUGUAGUUACGGAUAUUCACUAGAUCAUUUGAAUAUAUUUACCAUCAGCCUUUAAUACAGUUUAUAUUGUACAGAGACCUUGAUCCAGUCAUGCAGUUCUAAAGUUGUGCCUAAACUAACCAAGUCAGAUUCAAAGAAUAUCAUAUAUAUAUAUAUAUAUAUAUAUAUAUAUAUAUAUAUAUAUAUAUAUAUAUAUAUAUAUAUAUAUAUAUAUAUAUUAUUUCACAUCAGCAUUUAGGUGUAGGUAUUUUCCUCUACCCUCACGGCAAUAUACUGCCUAGUAAAAAGUUCUGCCUACCUUUUAAUCAAUACUGUAUGCAUUUUUCAUGAUUUUUCUAUUUAUAAUUAACUUGAGUUAUGCUGCAGUUAAACUAUAUUCAGGUUUAGGUUGAAAUAGAUGGUCAUUUGGAGCAAUGUAGCAUAAAAAAAAUUCAUCUUUGCUUGGCUAAGAAAAAUCGCUGAAGAUAUGUCGAUCCUUAAUUUUAUCUGCUGUUUUGCACCCAGUUUUUACUAUGAAAGAAUUUUUAGAUGAAACGUUGAUAUAUCAAUAUUUAGUAUGUUAGUCGCGUGCUUUCAUCCCUAUCCUAAUUAUAAGAUGUGUGUGUGUUGUUUACUCAUGUUUCAUCUAACUUGGAUGUUUUUAGUUUCGCCAUUCAAACACUAACAUAAAAUCUGUUAAGAUUUGAGUUAUUUUGUUACAAGAAAUUGGUGCUAAUAGAAUGAAAUGAUACCAGCUGGUUAUGUUUGAGUUACAUGUAAAACAAAAAAACAAACAAACAAAAAAGAUAAGAUUCUGAGAUGCGUUCUCAUGCUCAAAAGCACUAAAUGUAUUUUCUGUAGUGUUUGUUUGUAGUUGUAUUCUGACUGAAUGUCUUAAGGAAGUUUUUCGUUGUGUCCCCUGAGAGCUCUCCCCGUCACCGGGCAGGAGAGCUGCAGUGGUUCGUCUGAAGUUGUGUCUGAAGGUUAUUAUCCCAUGCGUGCACCACCAUGUUUUUCCUUCCAGUCAUGUAACAGGGUUCGGUUGGGGUUUAAGCACAAUAAAAUGUAU